CACCCAGACAUCUCCGCGACCACCGUCUCCAUCACGAGUGCUAUAUAUUAGGCCGGUCACUAGAAUUCAGCUGCCCGUUGGUUCUGCCCCUACAUUAGCUACCCAAGUAUCUUCCGUUCGCCGCGUGGCCCAGAUUGUUUGAAUCUCGGCCCCGACUCUUCCCGCUGCUCCUGACGUGCCCCGCCUGUUGCUGUGCACCACCACCGACUGCAAAUUAGGUCUGUGGCCGCCUCGGAUCCGCCAGCAUGCAGAAAAAAAUCGUGCUGCAGGCCGACCUCGCCAAGUGGACAGACUCUGCUAGUCACGGCGCGCUCUUGCGGUUUCUCGAACGGCUUCAAACGGCGGUGGUGGGCGUCACCAAUGACGCGCCUGUGCCCGGGUCGAAAACCAUCGAUUCUCUCUUGCAGAUCUUGCAGCAAGUCGAGCGGCUCGUCCAGGCCCACCCCGUGGUGAAAGACGCGGACGUGUCGCGCUUCGGCAAGCCGGAGUUCCGAGAGUUCUACGACGAUUUGCACGCCCGUGCGCCCGCCUGGAUGGCCGGCUUGUGUCUGCCUGAAACCCAGCGCUAUGCGCCGGAAAUGCUGGCCUAUUUCGCCGAGUCUUGGGGGAACCGCACGCGGAUCGACUACGGGUCUGGCCACGAGCUCAACUUCGUGCUCUUUCUAUACACGCUCCAUGAAACCGGCAUCCUAGUGGAGGCCGACUACACCGCAGCUAUCGUGAAGGUGUUCACGCAGUACAUGGCCAUCAUGCGCCAGCUCCAGAAGACAUACUGGCUCGAGCCUGCGGGGUCGCACGGCGUGUGGGGCCUCGACGACUACCAUUUCCUCCCGUUUCUUUUUGGCGCAGCACAGCUCAAAACACACCCGCACAUGAAGCCCAAGCUGAUCCACAACAAGGAGCUCGUGGAGUCCUUGUGGCGCCAGUAUAUGUACUUGGAGUGCAUCCAGUUCAUCAACGACAUCAAAACCGUGCCUGGCGUCGACAAAGCCAGCGCCAGUCUCCGCUGGCACUCGCCCAUGUUGGACGACAUCUCGCUGGCCAGACUGUGGGCCAAGAUUUCCGACGGCAUGAUCAAAAUGUACCGCGCAGAAGUCUUGGGCAAGCUUCCCAUAGUGCAGCACAUCAUGUUUGGCGAGCUCUUUCCAGCGCCUGACGGCCUCACGGGCCAUGCAGAGAAUGUGGAAGAUGACUGUGGUCACGUGCACCCCAAACAAGGGAUCAAUACCUGGGGCGACUGUUGUGGCAUCAAGAUACCUAGUGCGGUGGCUGCGUCCCAGGCUAACCAGCGGGUGCCUUUCGAUUGAUCCUCGGAUCAGAUGGGUGGUUCCAUGAAUGCUUCGAGUGUGCUUCCUCUUGAGGGAAAGACAACGCGUAGAUUCACAACUACCACUGUUGAAUUGUCAAAUGAAAGACGGCACGAGCAGGGCUGUCUCGUGCGAACGGUCGUGUGUCUGCU